AACUUUUCCUUGUUAAACUUUUUCUUAAUAAAUUUUCCCCAAAAACUUAAAUAAAAAUAUAAAAAAAAAAGAGAAGGAAUUACUCAAGUUCACGUAUCCUUCUGUACAAUCUUCACAAACGAUGACUGAAUUUUGUUUUUCUUUAUCUGUACUAAAAUUCCUAAUUAGAUGGACAUAAAUUCUGCAAAAAUUUCCUUUUUCCUUCACGCAACCAGACACCCCCUUUUUCUUUUCUCCUUCUCUUCGGUUUCUGCACAAUAAAUUUUAUCAAUUAUUCACCGCUUCAACUUAUCUUUGAUAAAAGCGCCUCCUCUUUUCUCCUAAUCAUCUAAUUCCUUUCUUCUUCUCGACUAAAGUGCAAUAAAUUUUAUUUUGCAUAAGAAAAUUCGUAAGCUUUUGUUGUAUUCAGAACUUGUUCUCAGCUGGGUCGCAGUACAACAGAGUAAGUCCAAAUUUUAUUGCAGCCAGACUAAAACUUGAUUGGAUUCCCAGACUUAAGCUUUGGCAGAUGAAAAGAAAUUUCACAUAAAAACAUACGUCGUUUGGGGGAUGGACUGGCUGUCUUUACCUACUGUUACAUUUUGUGAAUGAUGUUCGGUAGGCAGAAGGCUUCUAAUGCUCUCAGCAUAUUUAAAUGGAGAUCGCAUGGUGAAUCGACUUUGACAACAGGCUUGCUUAAAGAUGUUCCUCCAGAAAUUGAAUUGUCUGACUAUGGAAGGGUACCAAGUCCUGGUAGUGAGAGUCCUUCGGGACUUCUUAAUGGUGAAAGCUUGAAUGUGGAACCAAUUGCUGAUUUGGACCUGUUCUUUGAAAGGCUAUACAGUUACUACUGUGAGAAAGGGCUUUGGUGCAUUAUUAUAAAGUGGAUUGUUGAACUUCUAAGUCUUGGUUUCACUAUUUGUUUUUCGGGAUUUUUCUUAUUAUAUGUUGAUUGGAAUGGUCUUCGUAAUGCUAAAUGUGGUAUGGAUGCGGUUGAAUCUGGAAUCAAGCCCUGUGAUCUCGGUAAAGAAGCUCUUCAUGAACACCCUUUAACCCCUCUAACACUUUCAAAAGCUGUUAUUGUUGGAUAUUUGGGAUUAUUUUCUAUCUAUUGGAUCUUCUGUUUUUUGAGAUUCUUUGCACAAUUAAGGGACAUUCUUGGGAUCCGUCACUUCUAUUACAACAGUCUCCAUGUUACGGACAGCGAGAUUCAAACCAUGCCAUGGGCUACAAUCCUUGAAAAGGUUGUACACUUGCAAUGUUCACAGCAACUCUGUGUGGUCAAAGACCUCUCUGCACAUGAUGUGGUGAUGCGCCUGAUGCGGAAGGAGAACUACUUAAUUGGAAUGCUCAAUAAAGGAGUGCUUGCUUUUCCAAUCUCUCCAUGGAUUCCAGGAGCUGGUCCAACUGUCAAAUCUGGUUCAAAUGGAACACAUUACCGCCUGAUGCUGACAAAGACCCUUGAAUGGACCUUAAAUUGGUGCAUAUUGCAAAGCAUGUUUGAUCGAAACUUUUGUGUUAGGAGGGACUUUAUUUCUAAUCCUAAAACCUUAAAGAAAAGGCUUAUGGUAGUUGGGGUUGCAAUGCUUCUUCUUUCACCAUUUCUGGUUAUUUUCAUGCUUGUGUAUCUCUUCCUAAGGCAUGCUGAACAAUUUUAUAAUCAUCCAAGCACAGCAUCAUCUCGAAGAUGGUCAAAUUUGUCUAAAUGGAUUUUUAGGGAAUUCAAUGAGGUUGACCAUCUGUUCAAGCACCGUAUCAAUGGAAGUAUAAUGCAUGCCUCAGACUAUCUGAAGCAAUUCCCCUCACCCAUUAUCUCAAUUAUUGCUAAGUUUAUAUCUUUUGUUUCUGGUGGCUUUGCUGCUAUCCUGAUCAUCAUUGCAUUUCUGGAGGAAUCUCUGCUAGAGGGCCAUAUAUUUGGUCGUAAUUUAUUCUGGUAUGCUGCUGUGUUCGGAACAAUAACAGCCAUCAGCCGGGCCGCAAUAGCAGAUGAACUCCUUGUCCUUGAUCCAGAAGGGGCUAUGUCUAUGGUGGUCCAACAUACACAUUAUAUGCCAAAGAGAUGGCGUGGGAAAGAAAAUACUGAGAUUGUCCGGAUAGAAUUUGAAACCCUGUUUCAGUAUACUGGGAUGAUGUUACUCGAGGAGAUGGCAUCGAUUUUCCUCACCCCUUUUUUGCUUUUAUUUGUUGUCCCAAAGCGGGUAGAUGACAUCUUACAGUUUAUUGCAGAUUUUACAGUGAAUGUUGAAGGUGUUGGCCAUGUGUGCUGUUUUAGUGCUUUUGAUUUUCAAAACCAUGGCAAUAGCAAUUAUGGUUCUCCUUAUCAUACAGAGCACAUCCAAAGGAGCUCUCAGGGCAAGAUGGAGAAGUCCUUUUUGAGUUUUCAAAGCAGCUAUCCUUCAUGGGAACCUAAUGAUCAGGGAAAGCAAUUUUUGUCAAACCUUAGAAAUUUCAGGGAGCAAAAGUUGCAAGGGCACACAAUUAGACAUGCAUAUUCUCCUCCUAGAACGUGGCAAGGAAGCCCCAAUCUGAGAGGCCCUGGGAUUAGAAAUUCUCCUUUAUCUAGGGAUCCAUAUGGUACUCCGGGAUUUCAUUUAGGUUCUUUGUGGCUAAUUGAUGAAGACCAAAAGAAUCAUCCAUAUCUUCUCGAUUGGUACUACACUUCCCGCCCUCAUUCUUCCACUAAUCAUACAAGAAAUAAUCCAGCAGGACCGUUUGAAGCAACUGAGCAACAUCAUGAAGACUAUUGGAUGCGAACCAAAUUGACACAAAAUGAUGUUAGAUGUGAUGAUGACUACUGGCAUAACCGCAGUGAAGAUCGAAUAGGUUCACACUUAGAGGCAUCUACAUCUACUCCUUUCUUUCGGGAGAGUGUACUUCAUCAACAUGAUUCCAGCAACUUUGCACAUUCAACUAGGAGCCAUUGGUGGGCUAGAAGCGGCCGACCUGGCACACAUCCCCAAACAAGUUUUAUGGAACCUCCUGAUUUUAACCGCUUUACUUCAGAUAAUUAUUAUGAUAAUAUUUCAGAUAGAAGCUUAGAGGAGCAAGAAAACCAUUUCAGUUGGGGGAUUGCUAACAGGUUAUCACGGACUGCAUAUAUGCAUGAUGAUCUAGAAGUAGGAGAAGUAAAUCUCCAUUUUGAUGAUAUUUAUAGCAGACCACCUGAGACUCCCACUGAAUAUCGAGAGCCUCCAAGCUUUUGAAUUUGACUGUCAAUUACCUCUUUUUAAGUUUGUUUAGAGGUUAUUGUUUUCAAAUAUGUGGGUUGCAUACAGGUUUCCAAGAAUGAAUCGAUUAAUUUUGUUUGUAUAAAAAGGAAACUCUGUAUUCUUUGUUGUAUAUAUAUUCAUUAUGAGGUUUAGAUUCUGAAAUAGGCCUCAAGUCAAUUUAAAGGUUUUACAUUCCAGUCAUUGUAAGCCUCCCCUGUAAAAACCAUUACAAUCCAUUGAUACAUUUCGAAUCUGAUUAACAUUCAUUUUAUUCUUU